UCCCUCCCUUACUCCCGUUCCGUUUCACAGGAACACAACCAAUCAGCGUCCCACCCUUGUACUGCUCCCCCCAUCGAAUCGAAUCGAAUCGAAUCGAAUCCCCUCACGAUUCCACCAAUCCUCCGCCGCCGGAGGAGGAGGCCAGGGAAUCGCCGCCGCCAAUGUCGCUGCCGGUGGCGAAGCUGGGGACGCUGGCGCUGCGGACGCUGUCCAAGCCCAUCGCCAGCCGCCUCAAGAACCAGGCCGCCGUCCACCCCAAGUUCCGCAACUUCAUCAUCUGCAUCGCGCAGAUUAACCAUCGUGUUACUACAAGGAUACAAAGGCGCAUUUAUGGGCAUGCAACAGAUGUGGAAAUCACACCUUUAAAUGAGGAGAAAGCUGUACAAGCUGCUACGGAUCUCAUUGGAGAAGGCUUUAUUUUUUCGGUUGCUGUUGCUGCUUUAAUUUUUGAGGUGCAAAGAAAUGCAAGGUCAGAGGCUAGGAAGGAGGAAGCUCGUAAACAGGAACUUGAGGAAUUGAAACAACGGGAAGAGAGUUUAUCUAAAGAUUUGGAGGAUCUUAAACUGAGGCUUGCUGAAAUUGAGCACCUCGCUAAAGGACGAGGCCUUUCAGGAAUCUUGAACUUCAAAGGUGUUCAUGGAGCAGAAAGCAGCAAGGCAGCAACACCUGCUUGAUCAAUCAAAUUAACUUGGGUCAGGCGAAACAGGAUGAUAUUUUGUUAAGUUGAUGCGCAAAACACCUCAAAAUUUCACUGAUCUGUUUUGUGAUUCUUGUGUGGCAGUUCAUUGCCAUGCCCAUUCUUUUGGUGUAUGGAUCAAAAUAUAUGCCGGAUGAUCCAUAGACACCCUAAAAUAAUAGAGGCCAAGGAUAGAAAAAGGCACUGUAUCAUGUAGAUUACUUCUGGGUAAGUAACUAUAGAACAAGUUCGAAAGAGUAAAAGUGAAUGUGAUAUUGUACUUUGCUAACACAUCACGCACAUAGCUACGGCUGAACUGAAUGCCUCCUUUUA